CUGCCACCCCGCUUCUUCCGCUUCCUAGACUUAUUGUAUGCCCAUUCCCCUUCCAAUCCCUACCAGCUCCUCCUCCUCCCACUGGUCCACUCCUUAGACCCCCUAUGUCUACUCGAAAACAUGUCGACUAAUUCACGCAGUACCGGUGUCUACUCGGGCGAGUCGAGUGACUCGGAACCUUCAAUGUUGCGUCAAAUCGACAUGGACAUUGAGAAGAGCAGCAGGAGCCCGUCUACGCUGAGACGCAAGGGCUCGGCGUUGCAAACAUCAGUCGAGGUUUUGAGAUGUAGAUUUGGAAAGUCUGGAGAGGCACCGGAGAAGCUGGGAGAUUUCAGACCAUCCAAGGAGUGGACGCCCAUUUUUUACUCGGUCUAUCAUCAGCGUGAGGCUGCCCUCUCGCACUUUCUUCGAGCUGGCGCGUCGCCGGACGACGUCACUAACAUUGGACAACCACCACUGUGCAUUGCUGUUGCGAACGGAUAUGUUGAGAUUGCAAAGAUUCUCCUCGGCGCUGGUGCGGACAUCAAUGCUACCACCAGAGAGGGAGGGGAGACUGCACUGCACAUUGCGGUCAAGAAUGGCCGCGUCGAUCUUAUGGACCUGCUACUAUCACAUGGACCCAACCUGGAACUCAAGACGCAAACGACGGGCGAAACACCUCUUCAUUAUGCAGCAGCAAAGUCGGGAUCACUGGCAGUAGUCAUGAGUUUACUACAGCACGGCGCCAGCUACAACACACUGAACGUCAAUGCCCAGACCCCGGCUGAAGCAGCUUUGAAGGCCAACAAUAUCAACGGAGCCGUCGCCAUUAUCAACGCAGCAAACACCAAACGCAACGAACUGGCAAAAGAGAAGGAAAUGCUACUGAAGCAUGUGCAAAAGACACAGGGUCGCUUCUCUAUCGGCAACGACCUCAUUGCCGACAUCUUCGCUGCAGCCUGCGACCCCGAGUCAAACGUGCUUGUGGAAGCCAUCAAGAGAAACGACGUGCUGUUGGUGGAGAUGUUCUUGGAAAAGGGCUCCGAUCCAGACCGCAAGACUGUCCGAGGACUACAACCGAUUUUUGUGGCUUUGUCGUGUGCAGGAGCACCAGUCGUCAAGGCAAUCCUCAAGCGCAACCCCGAUCUUUCGGUCCGUGACGAGAAGGGACUGAGCGUGCUUCAGGCUGCGUUCGAAUGUCCAUUGACAAAAGAGAAGGACACCAUCCAAGCCAUCACUGAGGCUUUGAUCGAAGAGGGCGCCGAUGCCAAGGUUACCUACCCCGAUGGAAAGACGCUACUUCAUCGCGCCGUGUCGCCGUCCUUCAGUCACAUGAAGAUUGCACAGAUGCUCAUCGAUGCAGGUGUUGAGGUCAAUGCACAGGACAGCGAGGGCAACACUGCGCUUCAUGUUGCGACGCACAGCAAGAUGUGCAUUGACAUGCUGCUAAAGAACAAGGCGAACCCCCAACAAUUCAACGCCAAAGGACUGACGCCAUUGUUGUUCGCUGCAACACAGUGCAAGAAAGAUAAUGAGCCCGUGCUGGAUUCUCUCAUCAAGGUGUCCAACUUCCGCAAGACGAAUGCACAGGGACAAACGCCUUUGCAUCUCGCAGCUGCGAACGGUCUGGACAAGACUGUGCGCUUGCUGUUGAGAGCGCGUGCGGAUCCUACAGCUAUUGAUAACAAAAAGAACACUCCGCUCCUUCUUGCCGUCAAGAACCAUCAGUGGUCCAUUGCACCGAUAUUCGUUGCGACACCGAGUGUCAACGCAUGGGACAAGAACGGCUUCAGUGCGCUGCAUCAUGUUGUCGCCAACUGCCCCAAGGCCCCAGCAACCUGGGAACAUAUUGCCACUACUACUGUAGCCUUCUGUGAACGCGGCGUGAGCAGAAGCAUACGCGAUCAAUCUGGCGCUACGCCGCUCAUACUCGCCGUCAAGACGCUUCCGGAGGAGGGUCUCCCCGUCAUCGAAGCACUGUUGGCGCAGAAGGCGGGCGCAAAAGCGAGCUGGAACUUUGCCGACCACGAAGACCACAAGAAACGCGAUGCGCUAUAUUACGCCGCGACCAUGGGCAAGCCGAUAUUCGUCGACGCACUGCUCAGGAACGGCGCCACUUUUGAGUUUGAAGACUGGACGCCAAACAAGCACAUGCUGCAGUCGUCGGAAGAAGUCAACAAGAAAAUUUACAAAUCGUUUGCGCAGCAGGAAUGGGUCCGUCGUACGGUCGUCCUGCGGCAGCAUCCCAAGAGCGCGGAGGAUGAGGUAUCGUCGUUCAUGACGGUGCUGCCAACCCGCGAUCUCGAGAUUAUGAUUUCCAUGGGUCUAGACGUCAACAACCUGCCCAAGUCGCCGCUUGGAAAAUCCCUGCUGUGGGCUAUUCUGAGGCAUAUCUCGCUGCAGCCCCCGUUGGCGCCAGAGUAUCUUCUCCAGGUUCUCAGCAUGGUGCUGGAUGCUGGCGCUGAUCCCAAUGCGAGCAGCAACAGGCAUGCAAAGCGCACGUCCUGGCCUUGUCCUCAACAGGGAUUCACGGAGCCUCCCCGUUUGACGAUCCAUCCUCUUACUUUUGUCCUGGAGGAGUGUCCGGGUAUCGAUAUCGAGGUCGUGAGAUUGCUUCUCGCUCGAGAUGCGAAACCGGGCCUUGCUUCGGGUUUCUACAAGGGCCGCUUCCCACUGCAUUGUGCGGUCAAGGCGCGCCGUGCUGAUGUUGUAGAGGAGUUGUUACUGGAGCAGGGCAAUGUGGAGUGUAUUGAUGAUACUGGACGAACGCCUUUGUUCUUUGCUGCUGAAGCUGGGGAUCUGGAGAUUGUGACUACGCUGCUUACUCGAGGUGCCAAGUUGGAUGUCCUUGACUCGGAAAAGAAUACGCUCUUGCAUGCGGCGGCAGUGGGUGGCAGUGACAAAGUUAUUGCGUCUCUGCUACGCGCUGGUGCGAAGCUGGGCAAUAAGAAUGCGAAGGGUCUUACGCCUAUGGCUUGUGUGCCAGAAGGUCUUGACGAGAAAGAGAAGGGCAAGAUUCAAGAUAUGCUCAAGGGUGCUGAAAAGAGGGGAAUGAUACGCCUCCAAAAACAACAGCAGGAAGACCAAGAAAAACCCUCAAAGCUCACCAAAGAACCCCCCACCGCCGCUGCCGCCGCCGUCAAACCCCAACCUCAAAUCCAACUCCACGCCAUGCCCCCCCAAGAAAAACCUCAACCCAUCGUAACCACCGACCCCAUCCCCUCUCCUCCCCUGCACAAACCCCGAUCAACCUCCAUAUUCCGCAAGUCCUCCCUUUUCUUCACCCGCCACAAAUCCGCCAUCUUCUCCUCUGAGUCCGACUCCAGCGCCGCAUCUGCACCAAAACAAAAACACACAACCCUCCUGAGCCUGCGCAUCAGCGCCCCCUUCAAACAACGCAACUCCGUCGCCGGCAUGAGCACAAUCCCCCAAUCCCCCAGUACACCCAACAUACUCAGGAGUCCAGAUUUUUUCACAAAGGACUUUGAGCGUCCGGCUGUCCCGGUUUCUUCGUCGGCAAUUCAAACGCGGCUUUUGUCGCCUCGUGCGGAUAGUGGACUAGGCCAGCGCAAGUCCACGGGGAAAGACUCGAUUCUCGACUUGCAGCUUGUGAAUGAGAAGUUGAAGAGGGAGAGUAGGAUUGGUGUGGAUAAGGGAGAGAAGGCGGAUGCAAGUGAGUUUAGUGAUUGGUUGAAGAUGAGUGAUAUGUUGGAGAAUCUGUAA